AAAAAACUAGAAACGAUCAAGAUGGGAAGGAUUGGGUAUUUCGGGAUGCUAAUCUUUGGUCUUUUAGCAUUUAUGGGCUCAACCGAAGCUCAACUAAAGAUGGGUUUUUAUAAUACAAGCUGCCCGAAAGCUGAGAAGAUUGUGCAAGGCUUUGUAAACCAGCACAUCCACAACGCUCCAUCAUUGGCUGCAACCUUAAUCAGAAUGCAUUUCCAUGAUUGCUUUGUCAGGGGUUGCGAUGCAUCUGUGCUGUUGAACUCAACUUCCGGCGAACAACCUGAAAAGGCAGCAACUCCAAAUCUAACACUCAGAGGCUUUGACUUCAUCGACAGAGUGAAACGCCUAGUUGAAGCUGAAUGUCCUGGAAUUGUGUCUUGUGCUGAUAUCCUCACCUUGGUCGCUAGGGACAGUAUAGUAGCCACAGGAGGUCCAUUCUGGAGAGUUCCGACUGGCCGGCGAGACGGUUUGAUCUCCAGGUCCUCAGAGGCCUUGUCCAACGUCCCAUCUCCCAUGAUCAACUUCACCACUCUACAAACACUGUUUGCUAACCAAGGUCUUGAUUUGAAAGACCUGGUCUUGCUUUCUGGUGCUCAUACCAUUGGCAUUGCUCAUUGUCAAUCGUUUUCGAACCGGCUAUACAAUUUCACUGGGAUUGGAGAUGAAGACCCAGCUCUAGAUAGCGAAUAUGCUGCGAAUUUGAAGGCUAGAAAGUGCAAAAGUAUUAGCGAUAACACUACUAUAGUUGAGAUGGACCCUGGAAGCAGAAAGACAUUUGAUCUCAGCUACUAUAAACUCUUGCUAAAGAGAAGAGGUCUAUUUCAAUCAGAUGCUGCCUUGACCACAAACUCUAAUACAUUGUCUAUGAUCCGCCAAAUACUACAGGGUUCAAUAGAUUUCCGUUCUGAAUUUUCCAAAUCCAUGGAGAAAAUGGGCAGAAUUCGUGUUAAAACUGGCUCGAAUGGUGAGAUUAGAAGGCAAUGUGCUUUGGUUAAUAGCUAAGGCUUAGUGUGUUGUUUUUUUUUAUUUAUUUAUUUUAUUGAAGAGAGAAUAAACCAUUCAUAGAUUGUGUUU